AGAAGUUUGGAAGCCCCACCCUCUGUGACUCUCGCAAACGUAGAGGUGGUUCGAGGUCCGAACGAGGAACAGGGACCGCGGAACGGGAUUAUGAGAAGAAGUUCGGACGGAGUUACAGCGCUGUUCGGAUCCAAAACAAACCCUCCGAGCUGGACUCCUCGAACCAACCACCGGGAUGUGUUUUUGCUGCCAUAUUACAUCCGGAAAGUGAACUCUGGCUCUUUCGGACCGCUUUUCCUGCGCCAACAGCCUGUUUUGAAGCCUUUAUGUUGUCAUAAAGCCAAAUUCAACGCGUGCGUCGGAAGUAUGGAUCCACAGGCGCGACGGGAUUCUCAAUUUCCUAUUGGAUUGCCGCGAAAUUGCGCCCAAACGAAGAUGUUGGAGGUUUGGGCUCGAUAAUGUGAAGUGGUCAGCCCUGAAAGUUGUCGUAAAACACUGGUUGGCAGGACUGCAGGCUCCUUUCCUGCUAUUCUUCUCUGCUUCUCAGCACUUCCUGCUUGUUUGGCCACUGCACUUCAUGGCUAAAAAUACUUAAAAAAUAAAGGCCAAGCGGAUAGCGAAAGUGUUGGGAAUUUCAUUGGGAUCAUUUUAAACUACUUUGAAAAACCAGUUUUUGGACAGUUCGAACUUUUACGGUUGUCGAUCAGGUGCUGAUUCCAACUGGCACCUGAUUUAAGGCUUGAUCUCGAACCAUGGGUUGGGAAACCACACACCACAUCACUUGAAUCUAGUUUCGCCGCAGUGUUUUUGAGAACCUUCGCAGAAUCUGGAUUGCAGAUCUUAAUGAAAGAUCCUCGCUGUUCAGCUGUCUUUGAAUACUAUUGUGUAGCCCACUUGUUGGUUGAGCCUUUGAACGCACGUCAGUGGUCCCUGAUGAACCAACAAGAAAGACAGGAAAGGGAGCGAGGUGCAAUAAAGUACUCCUUUGUACUUUAUUUUCAAAUCCUUGGAGCAGCAGAUCUCAUCCAGUCCAAACAUCUGCUCCAGGCUCCAUGGAGCCACUGAAGAACAUAUUCACUCGUGGCCCGCUAUCGAACUGGAAGAACUUGGAGCAAUCGCAAAAAGGGAACUUCACCAACCCGGUGUGGACGGCCCUGUUCGACUACGAGGCUUCCUGUAAAGAUGAGCUCACCUUACGCAAAGGUGACCUGGUGGAGGUAUUGUCUUUGGAUUCUGAAAUAUCAGGCGAUGAAGGUUGGUGGGCUGGCAAGGUCAACAACAAGGUGGGCAUCUUUCCAUCCAAUUAUGGCUCUUUUAAGCCAAGUGGAUACGGGAAACUUUCAGGGAGCGGAGUGGUUGGGGAGCUCGGCCCGGCUGUGGUGGGAGAUUUUGAACCUGAGGUAGUGGAUUUCCGGGAACUCAAACUGGAGGAGGUCAUUGGGGUUGGGGGCUUUGGGAAGGUGUAUAGAGGUACUUGGAGAGGCGGUCUGGUGGCUGUGAAAGCCGCCCGGCAAGACCCAGACGAGGAUAUCAGUGUGACGGCGCAGAACGUGAGGCAGGAGGCCCGUCUGUUUGCCAUGCUCACCCACCCAAACAUCAUUGCCCUGAAAGGGGUGUGCCUACAGGAGCCCAACCUAUGCCUCAUCAUGGAGUAUGCGUCCGGCGGGCCCUUGAGCCGGGCGCUGGCUGGCCGACGUAUCCCGCCUCAUGUCUUGGUCAACUGGGCCGUGCAGAUAGCAAGAGGGAUGCUGUACCUGCACAACGAGGCCAUUGUUCCCGUCAUCCACCGGGAUCUAAAGUCCAACAACAUCCUUCUGGCUCAACCUAUAGAAAAUGAAUGUAUGGAGGGUCUGACCCUGAAGAUCACAGACUUCGGUCUGGCCAGGGAGUGGCACAAGACCACCAAGAUGAGCACCGCCGGCACCUACGCCUGGAUGGCUCCUGAGGUCAUCAAAUCCUCCACCUUCUCCAAGGGCAGCGACAUCUGGAGCUAUGGUGUUCUGCUGUGGGAGCUGCUAACAGGAGAAGCACCCUACAAAGGAAUAGACGGACUCGCCGUCGGCCUAUGGAGUCGCCGUCAACAACUCACCUUGCCAAUCCCAUCCAGUCCCGAACCCUUCGCCCAGCUCAUGUCAGGUCAGACCUGUUGGGACCAGGAUCCCCAUCGUAGACCUAAUUUCGGUUCCAUCUUGGCCCAGCGACGUAGUCUUAGAGGAGCAGGGAAGGAGGAGAUGCCACAGGACUCCUUCCACUCCUGCAGGGGACUGGAAACUGGAGAUCCAGGACAUUUUGAUGAACUCCGAGCUAAAGAGAAGGAGCUACGCUGCCGUGGAGAGCUGAAGCGAGCAGCGCUGGAGCAGAAGUCCCACGAGGAGUUCCUCCGACAGCGUGAGCAGCAGCUGGCCCGGUGGGAGCAAGACUCUUCGACACGUGAACUCAGCCUCCUCAUCCUCCACCUCAACCAGAACCAGGAGAAACCCAACGUCAAGAAGAGGAAGGGCACCUUCAAGAAGCACAAGCUCAAGUGCAAGAACGGCGAGAAGAUCAGCUGCCUCAAGGUAUUUCAUCCUAAGAUUACUGUGCAAGCGUCUCCGGGCCUACAGAAGAGGCGAAACUCUCCUGAUUUGGGCUCUGGCUCCUCCCCGUCUUUCGGCCCACGUUUCCGAGCAAUACAACUCAGUCCCAGUGACAGCAACAGGACGUUUGGCCUGAGUCCAGUCUGGCCCCUGGAGGCCCCUACAGUUAAACAAGCCAAUGGAGACCUGAGGUUGGUCCCACACUGGAGACCUCAAAGCCCGAAAAGCCCCAAGAGUCCAAAAGUCCUGCGCCUUAGUCCUCAGGAAAGCAGCCUGUCGAUGAGAGCCAAGCUCCUGGAGUCAGACAGCAAUGACAACAGAGGCUCCAAGGAUGACUUUGAGGAGUACAGACCUUCAACACCAACACCUCCUCCCGCUCAGAACGGCUCCUCAGCGAAGGACAGCCUCCGGGUUCCUCUACCUCAAGGAGACUCAGGCAGUGAGGAAGGGGGUUCCUCUCCAGCUGGCUCUCCCAGGCUUGAAAGGAAUUCCCACAGCGGACCGUUCAAGAGCACCCACCGGGCACUGCUGGGCAGAGGCACCAUCUUGGCCUCCGUAGGAUUGGGUCGCUGCCUAGAUAUCCCUCCUAGGGUGCCCCCUCGAACUAACCUCCCCUCCCUGGAGGACCAUCACCACUCCCAACCUGAACCAGACAUCUCACCCCCUAAGCCGUUCAUGUCAGACGCCCCCGUAGUGGACGAUCUUAUCACCUUUUCUGCUUAUGAGCCACUCCCUAAACCGCUUGUGGAUUUAGCCCUGCAGGUCCAAGAACUGAAGCCCUUGCCCCUUACACCACCGCCACCUCCAAACCCCCGUGAAAGGCCUGACCACUGGAACCCGCAGAGCCCUCGUAGUCCGAGGACUCCCCGUCACGACGGCAGGGCCGGCACAGAGGAAUGGGCCCUGACCGCGCAUCCAACCAACGGGGAGCAGGGUUGCGAGGUCUUGGACCACAGAGCCGGCAGCAGCAGGAGGAGGUCCAGCCAAGGCUUGCACACCUCUCAGCUAGUUUUGGACCUGCCCUUGUGCCAGGACACACAGGACUUUGAGGAGAAGCCCACACUGCCGUUUUGUCUCCACCCGAACCCUGGCAUCUGGGGCCCCAAGACCCGCUGCCUGGAGGUCAGCGUUAUUCCCCGGCCCCGUCCCUCCCCCGUCCGUCACCGUAUUGACCCCUGGAGCUUCAUUUCAGCUGGUGUGCGGAACUCAGGUGGCAACCGCAGCCCAAGUCGCUCGAACGGCAACUCUUGGGGUUACCAGCCUUCCUCGACUAACCCUUUCAUCAACUGUGACCCCUUUCCUUCACCGGAUUGUGACCCCUUUACCCUCAAAGCCGACCCCUCAAGCAGCUUGGAUGUUCCCUCGCCAUUUGACCCGUUCUCGCCACCUUUUCCCACCUCCCGUUCCGCCCCUUGCUCGACCAACGGCUCUCCCACGCUACCUUCAUUCCGUGUAGCGCCGCUCAACCCGGCUGACUCGCCCCUCAUUGACUUGGACUGGGCGGCCUGCAGCAAGCCCCUAGAUAGCACCAAAGAGAGGGUCCACCCCCGCGGGACGCUGGGCCUCAAACCUUUCAAAUCCCCCACUCAACUCAGAGACGAUAGGUUCUAAUAUCAGUGUUCCAACAACUGUGCUUGGCUCAGCCCAUGAAGGGUUUAAUGCCGCCUUGCAGGGUUAUUUAUGUGGCAGCCUGCUGAUUAGAAAACCCAGAAAUCCACUGAAAGGUGGCCUGUUGGAGAACCGGCGCCCAUUUCAUUGUUGCUUUCUGUCUGUGUUUCUCGAUCACUUUGAAGGACCAGGACCCGGAUCACUAAUCCCAUCUUCAGAUUCUGCUCAUACCACCUGCCUUCAUACCCCUGCCUGCCCCCCCGCCUUUGAAGCGUUGUGACAAUGCAGAGGUGGAUACGGCAACUUGCACAGCUCCAUCCGCCUGUACCUCUCUGCAGACUGAAAGCAUUCGGGACAAUGGAUAAUUGGAGUGCCUUAUUUCCUAAAGUGUUCUGAACACGCAUCUUAUCGAGGUUCCCUGAAUUGUGAAUCAGGUGCAAAGGGAACACACCACACAAAUUUGGUCGAAACCAUCAAAACGGCUUUGAUUGUUGUGGUAGAAGAGUGUCUAGACCCAUUGUUACAGAAAACGUGCCGUGUCUGCCUGUUGCAUUAUGGGAGAAAACACUCGGAGCGGGAAUUCCAGGCCACUCUGACUUGAGCCAGACAUUCUAUUUGGAAGUAGAUAACAGUCUAGCUAUAUUCUUUGGGAAACACCUCGGGUAGGACAGCCUGGUCUGACCGGGCAGGUGAUCAAGCGCAGGAAGCGGGACGCGGGAAGGUGCUGAAUUCAACUUCGUAUGCCAAAGAUUGCCAAUGGGACAGCGCGAGGACACGAACAAAACAUUUAACACCCUACGAUUCUGGAAUAUCCAGGUAUCGGGUCUCAAGUCAGGCGGGGUUUAAGGUGAUCAGAGUUGCCACAUACACUUACUGAACCACCCUGGGUCCUGAUUGGUAAUGGAUUGGGUACACUAAUAGUCCUUCCCUAUGUACCAAAACUAGCCAUCCAUCUUGGCCUCGGCAGAACCGGUGCGCUCAGGAAAAUGCAGCAUAUAGCCAUCACGUCAUAGUCGAUAUCGCCUCACAAUUAACAGGUAUAACAUUUCUUGAUUAAAUGCUACAUUUGUCAUUCAUUUUGUAGAGGAAAUCGUUAUCAGGCUAGAUCCUAGAUUGCUGCCAAGGAUCAACGCGUCCCUGAUCGUGAGAAUAGACUUCCAAUCUGCUUAAGUUUUGGACAAACUCUGAUCCUGCGCCAACAUAUGAAAAAGGGCGGAGACAAAGAAGAACGUUCCCAUAAAGUAGGAGGCAGGGACGGGUGCAGCUAAUCUAAAAAUAAUCGCAAAUCCGCGAAGUAAAACGUCAACUGCAAGAACACUAAAAUCAACGAGGCACGAAAACAUUUAACCCAAACUACAUCCAACUUUUAUUGCAUGAACUUAGCUUCGGGUUUUUUGUUUUUUUGGCAAUAAAAACCUGAAAACAGACCAAAAGAGUUGAAAUUUUAAUACGUCCUAGCGUAAACAUAGAGGUUUCCAAAAAGGUGACGCAUGUCGAGAACAGAUGACAAUCUAGACAUAAAAAUGAAACGAAACAAUAGUUCCCAUUCAGUAUACAGUACAGAAAGUAUAAAGGGAAGAAGAAAUAUUAAGAAAUAAAAAUAAACAUGGAAAGCUUGACCUCCUCCUCCUCGAGGUGAUGGUCAUUGGGUUCACGCAAUGUCAGUUUUGCUGACUGUAUUACUACAUUAGCUCCAACAGGGACAAACAUACAAUUUUAUGGUUUACAAAUGUUUCCCACCGUUACCUUGAUUCUCGACAAAAAC